AUGGGUGUGUUCUCAAGAUGGAAGAUGCCGUUCAAUGGAUGGAAGAGCACAUCCGUCUAUCUCACAGGGCUCGUCACGACACUCACAACCCUGCUCAUUGUCUUGCUCUUCGUGUCCCUCUUCCACCUCGAGAAAGACGACGCGGAUCAUGGCGAUGGGAGAACCGAUCAAGAUGCUCUCGGCCAGAGCGUACUGUACAGAGGGAACUGCAAGACAUCAGCAAGAGCAAAUCUAUGGAUCCAUCUCGCCAUCAAUGUCAUCGGCACCGGUGUCUUGGCUUCGUCCAACUUCUUCAUGCAAAGCCUCGUAGCGCCUACGAGAGCAGAAGUUGACACCGCGCACAGGGCGGGACACUGGCUCGAAAUCGGCGUUCAGUCUCUCAAGAACUUUCGCUUUCUCGGCUGGCGAAAGAUCCUGUUCUGGUCCCUCUUUUCCCUCAGCUCCGUCCCGUUACAUCUCGUCUUUAACGGUUGCGUCCUCGAGUCAAAAGGCACCAACGGUUUCACUAUCCUUCUAGGCACCAAGAGUCUUGUUCAGGGCGGAUGGCGCGGGGAGCCUCCCAUCUCAAGUUGGCUUUAUGAGAAAUUCGGCUCUGAUCCUGCAAUGGCGCAGCAAGCCAUGGCCCAGGCGAAACCAAUCAGCGAGUCUUUAACCGCGUUAGAUUCGAUCAAUCGCUGGCAGGAGAUUUCUCUUGACGUUUGUAUGGAACGAUACAACAGGCCAGAGGUAGCUCUCACACGUUAUCGCCACGUGAUCCUCGUCAUGCAGGAUUACGAAGAUUUUGAUGGGAACUUGACCCGGGGCUGGAAACGUGGAGAAGUCUUGAAGAACACAACCGGUGUCUCUGAUCUGAACGUGACCACCCAACUCUGGGGAGUGAGCGACUUCUCACGUACCGGGAAAACGGGGUACAACAGUGCCAUCUCACAACCAAAAAGCGAAAACUGGGGGGUACAAAGACUAGACGCUAGGUUGCCAGCUAAUAGGAUGACUAUACAGGGCACCACCAAUGUCUUUGACCCCAUAUCUGGAGUGAUGGUCAUGGACCCUCAGUUGUACACGUCCAAAUACCGAGUUAUGCAGGUAAGCUACUGCAUAUCUGAAAGGUACGAGGCGCCAUGCCGACUCAGUGUUGCGAACAGCCUUCUUCUCAUUGUCUGCAUAAUGUGUGCCUUCAAGUGCGUACUGUGCUUCUUGGUUCUCAAGCUUCGUGUAUGGGGCGAUGAGAACCCUCUCAUGACUCCUGGAGAUGCCAUCGCCUCCUUCAUCGCAAGACCGGACGAGGAGACGAAAGGCAUGUGUACGUUGAGUUCGCAAGAUCUGAAGAAGAACCCCAACAAGAAGGCACCCGGACUGGGGGAUAUAAGCCAGAACUACAAAUGGCUCCAGGGCCCAAGACAAUGGCAAGCUACGUCGACGCGGAGGUUUGGCAAAGCGGUGCCCGUGACCAUAUGGGUCAUAUCGUCGGUUCUCAUCGGAAGCUCCCUUAUUGUAGCCGCAGUCAUGCUGAGUAUAGCCAUCAGAGGCCAGCCAAUAGAACAGUCCCGGUUCGGGCAUGCGCCACAGAACGAGGAUGUAUCAAACCCAAAUUUUGACGGUCUAUCGCUCAUAUCCUUGACCAUGAUAGCCAACACACCGCAACUGGUGCUCUCCAUCUGCUACCUUGCUUACAAUGGUCUUUUCACUCGCAUGCUGGCCGAAUUUGAGUGGUCAAAGUACAGCGUCGAGUUUCGAGCUUUGCGUGUCACUGAGCCCAAGGGAAAGCAGAACUCUACAUAUCGACUUCAGCUGCCUUAUAGGUUCUCGAUUCCAUUGAUCAUCGUCAGUAUUCUUCUGCAUUGGAUAUACUCCAACUGCAUCUAUGUGAGCAACUAUGAGGCCUACGCCGCAGGUUAUCCUUACGCGAGGACUGUCACGGUGGGUCUGCAAUUCUCAUCAAAAGCGAUUCUUAUCGCUCUCUGUGUAACCGUAUGCAUCGCGAUGGCGCCCUUAAUAUUGGCCUAUGUUAAGCUACCGGGAAUAAUGGUUAUCGCAGGAGGAAACUCUGCGGUCAUGUCGGCCGCCUGCCACUACCCCUCCACGAAACUCCAGUCACUAAGUCGCGCCACCUCCGUAUAUAGCCGCCCAGGAAGUGAGUACGACAGCAUGACCAUUGGGCUAAUAGGAGAUGAAGAGGUGGAAGAGCUGGAUAGUGUGGCGAGGAGGAAGGUCAAGUGGGGGAGAAUAUCGACUGGGAAGAGCGAUGAGAGCCAAGUUGGUCAUUUGGGCUUUGGUACGGAAGAGCUCACGAUUGAGAAGCCAGUGGAAGGAGAGCACUACAGUGGUCUUUGA